AAAAAAUUGCUAAAAAAAAAUAUAAAUUUGUGAUCAUGUGCAAAAUUGUGAUUUUUAUGGUAGCCAGUUUGGCUCUAAUUUCUGGCCAGGCUUUUGCCGAUGACGCUCCCACGCCUCAAAGUUGCAGUGAAAUUGUGAAAAGUAUGGAUUGGAAUGAUACCGCACUCUUCGGCAGCUGGCUGGAGUUGGCCCGUAAUCCGAAUGACAACACCAAUGCCUGCAUGGAGUUCCGUGUGCAGCUCCUCAGCGACAACACAACCUUAAGUUUGAAUGCCUCACACUCGGCUACGCCAACAUCUCUGUGGCAGGACAUCAAUGAGCCCACACAGCGUUUGACUCUGACUCCCAAUGCCACAACUGGCUACAAUGUCACCUUUAAUGGCAAAAACUAUGAGUUCGUCAAGCUCCUCCAGUUGGUCAACAGCACCUACCUCGUCGGAUGUGGAUAUACCAAUGCUACUAACUCCAGUACCGGCUACGGCUUCAUUCUCGGUCGCUAUGGCAAAUACAAUACCACCGGUCUGCAGACAGUCAACAAUAAUGCCGCCGUGUUGUACAAGGACUUUACUAACAAUAACUACACUAUCGUCCGUCAAGAUGGAUGCACCAGGAACUCGGCAUCCCAGUCGGUGCCUCUGAUAACUGGUUUCCUGGCCCUCGCUGUCUUGUUAAUCAAGGCGCUCUAAAUGUAAAAGUUAAAGCGAAAAAACUAAAUGCUUAAUUCACGUCACGUUUUUUAGAAUAUCGGUCAGACUUUUAAUUAGUUUUUAGUGUUUAUUUAAAAACGAAACUGUGUCAAUAAACAAACAAAAGACACAUCUAGGCAAAAAACAAAA